UCUACUUUCUCUUCUUGCAGAGUCGGAUUUUUUUUUAAAUCUGCAUUUUUGUAAAAUUCAGAUAUACAUUUUUUCACUUUCCUCUCAAGAAAAAAUGGUCCUUCUAGGCCCACAAACACAUAUGUGUAGAAAGCUAACAAAAUACUUCAUAAUCAUUAUCAUUAUCAUCAUCAUACUCAAUCAUACUUAGUAAAUCCCACCAAUAGAUAUACACAGUCUUACCUCUACACCAUAGGACUAGAGAGGCUGCUCCCAGUGAGACACCCGGCUCCAUAGUAGUUUUGCAUCAAGCCUUGGACAUAAAGCACAUAACUCUCGGCAAAAAGGCCGAUUAGUGCAUCCCCGGCUUUUAACGUUAUUUUCACGAAAUUAGUAAAAUAACGUUAAAAUUAGUGCAAUUUCACUUUUACCCCCUGGGGGCCACACAUAUAUACAUUAUACAUGCACACCGCAAGCGAGGCGUGUACGUGAAAGGUAACAAAAUACUUGGAGUGCCUAAAUGAGUUUCAAAGGGAUUUAGAAGAACUUGUUUUGCAUAGUUGAAACAAGCCAAUGCAGAUGGCUUCUUCAUCUAAUGCACCUGAUGUUUCUAGAGGAGUAGAAGGAGACUUGACAUAUAUACAGGCAUUAAAUGCCAAUGUCUCCAACUUUGUUUCAGUAAAGCUUUCCAGCCAAAGCAACUAUCCUAUCUGGAAGGCUCAGAUGCUUUGCCUCGUAGAUAGUCAGAUGUUGCGUGGGAUCAUUGAUUACCAAUUUCCUUUGUCCGGGGACAAGCAGUAUUAUCAAUAUCACUAUGACAAUCUUGUCAAAGGGUGGAUUUUUGGUUCUGUCAACGAAAAAGUGCUCGAGAAUUUGGUAGAUCUUAGAUCCGCACAAGAAGUUUGGAUGAAACUAAAAUCCAUUUAUGAUCCACCACAAAGCUCUACGACAGGUGUCGCUUCACCAGGAAUUAUAUUCAGAACAGACCUUGUAAGAGUUCCAGAAACAGAAGACACAAGCAACAUCAGACUAAAGAAAGAUUUGUACAAAGCUGCGGAUGAAGGGUGUUGGUGGAAAGCAAAAUCCAUAUUAAAAAACCAUAAGAAUGCAACCACCGAGGUAAUCAAUGGAAAUGGUGACACGAUCCUUCACGUAGCAGUUGAAAGGGGCCACAACUAUUUCGUUGAAAACCUGUUGGAGUUUUUAAAAGACGAAAAAGCUAUGAAAAUGGAAAAUUUUAAGGGUCAAACAGCCCUACACAUUGCCGCAAUGGUUGGCAAUACCUACGCAGCACAACUCUUGGUUCAGAAGACGCAAGAGUUGUUAACGAUCAUAGACCGCAAUAAAGAGAGACCAUUUGAUACUGCUUUUAUCAAUUUGAAGCACGAUGUAUCUACUUAUUUGAUUAAAUCCGGACGUAGUUUUGAAGCCUAUUAUCUUGAAAAUGCUCCCUUUGCCAUCUUCUCUGCGAUUCAAACAAAAGAAUACGAUUUAGCAACAGAAUUGCUUGACAAACAUCCCCUAUUUGCUCUUGGUCCAAAUAUUAGUUUUGAUAUUAUAUUGUUGACAACAACUCUAACCUUCCCAACCAAGAUUGGUUUCAAGGAAUCUUUAAUCUAUCCAUCUUUCGACAAUGUCCGUCGGAAAAUAGCCGUGAGAAGUUCUUUGCUAUUUCACUCUAAUUUUUUGAAUAAAUGUGUGGAUGACAUCUUAAGGGUAGGGAAAAUCUGUAAUAACACAUGUUGCAGCUGGUUGGGGAAUAUUUCCAUGAUAUUAAUUGUCCCACUGGCCACACUUUAUCCAAUAUAUGAGUUGAUUUGUCUACUCAUUCUGGUGCUUCGUUUACCCUUCUCUAUGUUGUAUUUCCAUCUAUGGACGGUUUUAGCAGUUAACGUGCGUCCAGUCAAGAAUAUAGAGAAGAAGAAAAAAGCGUACGAUGAAGCGAAGAAGUUUUUGAGUGAGAUAUGUAAUCGUAUGGGCCGAUCACACCCUGGUUACUGGAAGCCAAUUAUUGAAGCUGUACGCCGAGAUACCUACGAGGUUGUUGAUGAGAUUCUAUUUGUGUCACCUGAUACAAUCAACUGUAAGAAUGAAGAAGGGCAUGACAUUAUUCAGUUAGCCAUAAUAAAUCGUUCAGAAAAGGUAUACAACCUUAUCUAUCACAUAAUUGAGCGCACCGAGUCUUGUAGAAAAGUGACGGAUUCUUCUAUGAAUUCUCUUGCACACUUGGUUGGAAGAUUGGCACCUUCUUCUGUACUCGGUCGUACUACUGGUGCAGCACUACAAAUGCAACGGGAGCUUUUAUGGCGUGAGGAAGUGCAGAAGCUCAUGUCACCUCUAGAACUUAUACAAGAUAAUAUCUAUAAGGAAACACCAGCAAUGGUGUUCACCAGGGAACACCAGGAUUUGAUGAUGCAAGGAGAAUGCUGGAUGAAAACAACAGCUGAAUCAUGCAGCAUCACUGCUGCAUUAAUUGUCACAAUUGUAUUCGCAGCGGCAAUCACUGUACCUGGUGGGAAUCAAGAAUCUGGCAUCCCUGUGUUUAAAAAGGAAACUGCCUUCACUAUCUUUGCAGUAUCUAAUGCAUUCUCACUAUUUACAGCGACUACCGCACUAUUACUGUUCUUAUCAAUCCUCACCACACGUUUUUCCGAAAAAGAUUUUCUGGUCAGUUUACCAAGAAGGUUGAUUUUGGGUCUUUUCACGUUAUUCCUCUCUACAAUUGCCAUGAUUGUAGCCUUUGGUGCAAUCUUGUUCCUUGUCUUUUGUGAUCACAGACCAUGGAUGUUGGCACCAAUAGCUGGAUUUGCUUGCUUGCCGAUUUCAAUUAUUUAUUAGAUGAAACAAUUAUUAAACUUAAUUUAUGAUAUGUAUAUGUAUUCGUAUGAUAAUAUGAUAACUAGAACUCGAUAUGUAUAUAUGAUAAGUCAAGGUGGAUGUUAUAAGCGGGUAAUUUAAACUGCCAAUGACAGUUUCCCGCUUGAAUUAACCGCUUAGUUUGACAUGUAUAUAAGUGUAAGGACCGGCAUCAUUUACCGGUACCAAGACACUCAAUUUCCUUUCGUUAAUU